AUGGCGAGAGAGGAAGAUGAUACGGCGGCGAUAGAGACCGUUCCGGUUGUUCCAUGGAUGCGAACUCCGAUUGACGUCACUCAUGUCGACAGUUGCGCUCUCGAAUCCCUCCCUUGUCUUAAUCCCAGGUUGAAGAAGGCAUUAGAGAACAUUGGUAUAUCUUCAUUAUUUCCAGUUCAAGUUUCAGUUUGGCAUGAGACGAUAGGACCAGGUGGUUUCGAAAGAGACAUUUGUGUUAACUCUCCAACAGGAAGUGGAAAGACUCUAGCUUACGCUUUGCCCAUUGUUCAGAACCUUGAAUCUCGUGCAGUGAGAUGUAUCCGUGCAUUAGUCGUAUUGCCCACUCGUGAUUUAGCCUUGCAGGUUAAGAAUGUGUUUAACGCUAUAGCGCCAGCCGUGGGGUUAUCUGUUGGUUUAGCUAUGGGUCAAUCUUCGAUAUCUGAUGAAAUCUCAAAGCUCAUCAAGACACCUAAACUUGAUGCCGGAAUAUGCUAUGAUCCUGAGGAUCUAUCAGAAAGCCUUGAAAGUGCUGUGGAUAUAUUAGUUGCAACGCCGGGAAGGCUGAUGGACCAUAUCAACAACACCAAGGGCUUUACGCUUGAGCAUUUGCGUUUCCUUGUUGUUGAUGAAACCGACAGAUUGCUUAGAGAGGCAUAUCAAUCUUGGCUACCAACUGUUCUGCAACUGACUCAGACAUCUGACAACGGCCUAUUUCCUUCAUCUACACCAUUUAUUCCUUCCGCUUUUGGUUCUCUGCAGACUGUUCGUAGACAAAGUGUGGAGAGAGGUUUCAAGGGUAAACCAUACCCAAGGCUGGUGAAGAUGGCAUUAUCGGCUACAUUGACGAAAGAUCCGAGCAAGCUUAUUCAGCUUGACCUGCAUCAUCCGUUAUUCAUGACAACUGGAAAAGGUCGAUACAAACUACCCGAGAAGUUGGAAUGUCUUAGACUGAUUUGUGAAACCGGGAUGAAGCCGGUGUAUUUAGUUGCUCUCCUAAAAUCAUGGGAAGGUGAAAAGUGUAUAGUUUUCACAUCCUCUGUAGAGAAAACUCGUCGUCUAUGCAAGUUGCUCAACUUUUUCGAUGACCUGAAUAUAAAAGUAGAAGAGUAUUCAGGUGGUCGUGACCAAUCAGAUCGGAGCAAACAACUAAAGGCCUUUAGAAAAGGCGUUAUUCAAGUUCUUGUUGCAUCUGAUGCUCUAACUCGUGGAAUGGAUGUUAAAGGGGUAACAAAUGUCAUUAACUAUGAUGUGCCUCCAUAUUCAAAGACCUUUGUCCAUCGUGCUGGACGGACAGCUAGAGCAGGACAGGCCGGCCGGUGCUUCACAUUGCUGAGUGAUCAUGAGGUAAGGGGAUUCUCGAAGAUCCUGAAGAAAGUUGGGAAUGAUUCAUGUCGUACAUAUACGUUCCCGCCUACUACAUUGAAUCCCAUUCGUGUUACUUACGAACGUGCCGGAAAAGUUGUUCUCAUCACCGGAGCUUCUUCCGGCAUCGGUGAGCAUGUCGCAUACGAGUACGCAAAGAAAGGAGCCAAUCUAGCUUUGGUUGCUCGAAGAGAGGAUCGUCUAGAGAUUGUAGCAGAGACAUCAAGACAAUUAGGUUCACGUGAUGUUCUUAUCAUAUGUGGUGAUGUUACUAAGGUUGAUGAUUGCAUGAAAUUCGUCCAUGAGACUAUAAGUCAUUUUGGAAAAUUGGACCAUUUAAUUAGUAAUGCUGGUAUAUCUCAAUCUGCUAUGUUUGAAGAUUUCUCUCGGAUUCAAGAUGCUCAUCCUAUAAUGGAUACUAACUUUUGGGGCUCAACGUACAUCACUUAUUAUGCAAUUCCUCAUCUACGGAAGAGCAAAGGAAAAAUAAUUGUGAUUAGUUCAGCGGUAGCAAAAAUAGCUUUCCCAUUGGCAACCGUCUAUUCGGCAAGCAAAGCAGCAUUGUUAGGAUUUUAUGAGGCACUAAGAGCUGAACUCAAUCCGGAAAUAAAAGUUACACUUGUUCUUCCGGGGCUAAUCUCUACGGAUAUGACAACUCCUCAGAUUAUAGAAAGAUUUGGUUCAGACUUGAUACUAUCGGAAUCAGUGAGUAGCUGCGCAAAAGCAAUUUUCCAAGGUGUUUGUAGAGGAGAAUCAUACAUAGAAGAACCAAGUUGGAUAAAAUGGCUCUUCUUAGUGAAGGCAAUGUGCCCUGAAGUAAUCAUCUCUGGCCUCAACUAUUCUUUUAUGCAUUUUAUCAAACCGUUUUACAAGCAUGACUAA